AUGGGUUUAAAAACAGUAGAUGAGAUAGAUGCAUAUCUCAGAGAAGUCGAUGAGGUUCAGAAUGAAGCGACUUUGGGGCGAUACAGCAAUGCUCGUGAUAAUCGCGAUAGCGGUGUUGAAGACGACGCGGGAAACGUUGUUAGGAAUAUUGUGGCCAUCAAUGCUCCAUUUUGCGAUGAUGCCAGCUCUCUAUUAAGUAGUGAUUCAGAGUCAGAAAAAGAUGUAGAGGAGCAGAAGUACAGAUCUCUAGUUUUGCGGGCUAGAGUAGGUUCGAUCGAAGCGGACAUAGUUGUCGAUAGCGGUAGUGAGGUUUCCGCGGUGUCCGACAAAUUUUUAGAGAAAAUAAAGCCGCAGGUAAAGGUUCCGAUGUUGCCUGUGUCAACUUUAGCGAUUUCUCCAGCUUUUGGUGCCAAGAAACAGCUCAUCAAAUUACAGAUUCUGUUAUCGAUUCGGCUGUUGGCGGACUGUAAUAUUGAUUUAGAUGUCAAGUGUUUGCUGAGUACGGGGGGUGACUUAAAUGUACACCUAUGUGGUAGGUUAGACAAUGUCGUGGAAGUAGAUAAAAAUGAGAAGUUAACGUUUCAUAGAUACUCUGAAGCAGAAAUUAAAGUGGCAGCCGGCAAGGCUGAAGCGGAUGAAACUUCGCAGAAGAAGCUAGAAAACCUAAUUUUUAAAUAUGGGAAAGUGUUUCCUGAGCAUCCAGGAUGCAUCGAAUCUUAUGUUCAUAAAGUGGAAAUGGAAGACGAUUCUCCAUUUAAUGCACCUACGUACCCGAUACCGUUCAUUCAUCGUAAUGAAGUUGAUAGACAAGUAAGAGAGAUGGAGAGAUGGGGGGUGAUCAAAAAACAAAAAACGAGCUACAUAUCCCCAUUAGUGGUAGUUAAGAAGCGAGAUGGGUCACCGAGAAUUUGCAUAGAUGCCAGACUUCUCAAUUCUAGGAUAAGAAAGGACUUCAUCCCUCCACCAAAUCCCGCAGAGUUACUUCUGAAUUUUAGGAAGGGCGUUGUACUUAGCACAAUCGACCUCACGGCCUCCUAUUGGCAGAUAAGAAUACAUGAGAAGGACAGAAAGAGCGUUCUUUGA